ACCUCCGGCCACUGCGCGGCCUCGGCUCAUCCUCCUUCCUGUGCGGGAAGGAGAGCCACCCUGACCCGGGGGAGAGGAAGCCCCGCCUGCCCCUGAGGCCCGGCCCAGGGCCCGCUGGACGCCCAGGCCAAUGGGGAUGGAGGCCACGGUGGCCACGGGACACGGCCGGCGGACGACGCGAGGUGCCCGGCCGUGAGGGGCGCGUGACCAUGUGGCCCAGGGCAGGACGCGCCUGAGUGCGGGCCCUCUCCUCCCCGCCCUCCUCCCAGGCAGCUUCCCGGCCCCACCCCGUCCCCCUGGGCAGGCGGGGCGGCCCCCCCAGCCAUCCCCAUGGCCCGGUGCCCGGGGGCUGCGCUGUGGGCGUGGGCGUGCCUGGCGGCCGCCACCCUGCUGCACGCGGGCGGCCUGGCGCACGCCGACUGCUGGCUGAUCGAGGGCGACAAGGGCUUCGUGUGGCUGGCCAUCUGCAGCCAGAACCAGCCGCCCUACGAGGCCAUCCCGCAGCACAUCAACAGCACUGUGGUGGACCUGCGGCUGAACGAGAACCGCAUCCACGGCCUGCCGCAGGCCGCGCUCAGCCGCUUCGGCAACCUCACGUACCUCAACCUCACCAAGAACGAGAUCGCCUACAUCGAGGACGGCGCCUUCUCCGGGCAGCUCAACCUGCAGGUGCUGCAGCUCGGCUACAACCGGCUGCGCAACCUCACGGAGGGGGCGCUGCGCGGGCUGGGCCGGCUCGAGUACCUGUACCUGCAGGCCAACCGCAUCGAGGUGGUCACGCCCGGCGCCUUCGGCGGCUGCCCCAACGUGCUCAACAUCGACCUGUCCAUGAACCGCAUCCAGCGGCUGCACGGCGCCACCUUCGCCGGCCUGGCCCGCCUCUCCGCCUGCGAGCUCUACAGCAACCCCUUCUUCUGCUCCUGCGAGCUGCUGGGCUUCCUGCGCUGGCUGGCCGCCUUCGCCAACGCCACGCAGACCCACGACCGCGUGCAGUGCGAGGCCCCGCCCCCCUACGCCGGCUACUUCCUGCUGGGCCGCGGCCACGGCCAGCGCGGCAUCCUCGGCACGCUGCAGGCCGUGUGCACGGACGGUGCCUACGGGGCCGAGGACCCCCCGGCGCCCGAGCCCCGCCCGGCGCCCGGCCUCGGCCCGCCCCCGCCCCCGCCCCCGCCGCCGGAGCCCAGCGAGGCGCCCUGCGCUGCCGAGGACUGCUUCUCGGGCGACGGCACCACGCCGCUGGCCGCCCUGCCCACGCUGCCCCCCCGGGCCGAGGCGCGGCCGCUCCUCCGCGUCAAGCAGCUGACCGGGGACUCGGCCACGCUCAUGGUGCAGCUGCCCAGCCCCUUCACGCGCGUGUACACGCUGGAGCACUUCCACCUCGGCCGGCCGUCCACCGUGUACCGGCUGACCCGGCCGCUGCAGGAGGUGCGGCUGCCCGGCCUGGCCGUGCUCACCAACUACACCUACUGCGUGGUGUCCGCCAGCUCGGGGCAGCUGCACAACCACACCUGCCUCACGCUCUGCCUGCCGCCGCCGCCCAGCCCGCCCAGCCCCGGGCCCCGCCCCGCCACGGCCACGCACUACAUCAUGACGGUGCUGGGCUGCCUGUUCGGCAUGGUGCUGGUGCUGGGCGCCGUCUACUACGGCCUGCGCCGGCGCCGCCGCGGGGAGAAGCACCGGGCGGCGGCCGCGGCCGGCGGCCUCACGAAGACCAUCCUGGAGCUCCGGUACGGGCCGGAGGCGGAGGUGCCCGGCCUGGCCCCGCUGUCCCAGGGCCCGCUGCUGGGCCCCGAGCCCCCGGCCCGCCUCCCGUUCGUGCCCGCGGCCGCCGGCGAGGCGGAGCCGUACAAGCCGGCGGAGAGCGAGACGCCCAAGGCCAGCAAGGGCAGCUACCUGGAGGUGCGCACCGGGGAGCCACCGCGGCAGGGCUCGGCCACCGAGAUCUCCACCAUCACCAAGGAGGUGGACAAGGUCAACCAGAUCAUCAACAACUGCAUCGACGCCCUCAAGGCCGAGGCCGCGGCCGAGCCCCAGCUGGUGCUGCUGGCCGAGCCGCUGGCCGGCAAGCACGGCUUCCUGUCGCCCGCGUACCAGGACCCCUUCGGCCACGGCCCGCAGCGCCACCACGGCGCCGAGGGCGCCCCCCGCACCAGCACCUCCUCCAGCAGCUCCUCCCGCAGCCCCAGGGCCUUCGGCGCGGAGGCGGCCGGCGCGCACAAGGCCGCGGCCUCCGAGGCCAAGUACAUCGAGAAAAGCUCGCCGGCCGCCGACGCCAUCCUCACCGUGACGCCCGAGGCCGCCGUGCUGCGGGCUGAGGCCGAGAAGGGCCGCCCGUACAGCGAGCACCGGCACUCCUACCCCGGCCCCCGCCCCGCGGAGCCGCCCUCGCCGCCGGCCCCCCUGCCCCCCGAGGGCCCGAGCGGCCGCAAGGCGUCCAUCCUGGAGCCGCUGACCCGGGCGCGGCCCCGCGACCCCGCCUACUCGCAGCUGUCGCCGCGGCAGUGCCGCCCCCUGCGCCCCGCCAGCCCCCGGCCCGCGGCCGCCUGCCGCGCCGCCCACAGCGUCUGGGAGCGCCUCCGCCUGAGCCGCCGGCCGCGCAGGGACCGCGAGGAGUGCGUGGCGGCCGGGCACGCGCUGCGCAGGAAGGUGCAGUUCGCCCAGGACGAGGACCUGCACGACAUCCUGGACUACUGGAAGGGCGUGUCCGCCCAGCACAAGUCCUGAGCGGGCCGAGGGCGGGCCCAGCCGCUCCACCCGGACUCUCGCGUGCCGCGCACACGCACACUCGAGCAUACAACCAUACAUGUGAGCACACGCGCACACACUCAUACACACCCACAGUCACACACACAUUCACACACAGGCACAAUCGUUCACAUACACAAUCACGCACACACACACAUGCACAAUCAGACACACAUUCACACAUGCAUAACUACACACAGGCACAAUCAUACACAUACACAAUCACACACUCACAGGAUAGCAGGUAAAGCUGGGGCCCUACAGAGAAAGCAGGGAGGGGUGGACUUGCCCUGGACACUCACGGGGGGAGGGUCUGUCCACACACAUGCACAUGUGUGCACACACUGGCAACAUGCACACUCACUGCAGUUCACACACUUAACAUACAUGUACUUGCACACGUGUACACACAGAACACACACACACAAGGGACUUCGGAAAACUGUGUCUUAGGGAUGGGGGGUGGGGUGGGGCCUUCUUUUUCAGUAUAUUUCCUCUUUUGAUUCUUUCCUGACUUCUCUCUCUCUCUUUCCUGAUUUCUUUUUAAAUAAUAAAAGUAAAGUCCUCUUAAAGUCAGAACAGACGUGGGAGCCUGGCCCGGCCCGCGCAUGCUCUGUCCGUGGUCGGGCUCUGUCCGCUCGUCUGGUGCCACCCGUGGACGCCAAGGCGGAGGGAAGUGCUGCGGCCGAGUGCCCUGGAGCUGGACCCGGGCCGGGAAGGGGCGCCUGUGGACAUGGGGGAGGGCAGGCAGGCAGGGUCCCAGCAUCCCUCUGGCUGUCCGAUGUACAGUGAAAUACUUCUAUAUUUGCAAUGUUGCUGUAAAUGGAGAAAAGAAAGGCUAUGUCUACUAAAAAAUCCUGCAAAGAAAGACUGAA